AUGACAAGCAAUGCGAAUGCCUUGUCAUCAACCUCACCAUCCAGUUCAAGCAGCUUGCGUUAUCGCAUCACCAGCCGCACCAUCUGCCGGAGCGAUAUGGACUUCAUCUCGAUCAAAUAUCCAGUCGCAGGACUCACUACAGCAGAAGCCCGAGCCCAAGUGCUCUGCGUCGUGGAGGUGAAACAUCAUGCUUCGGAAACCAGCAGCUUCCCUCAGCUCAUUGCAGGGAUGUACACAGUCUUGGAAAGUUGUCUUGUUGUGCAUAAUGCCUUACCUUCUCCCCAAACAAGUAUGUAUUUCGGGAUAUCGACAGACUAUGCAACAUGGGUCACGUUCCGGAGUACCCUCCAGAGGUUGCCCUCAGGAAGCCUGACCAUGUUCAAGGUGCAAAAAGCAACGGUUGCGCAAAACUUGUCUUUUGCGCCAACAACUAAAGAAGGCAAAGCACGCGUUUUGAGCCUACUCGGCAAGGUGUUGUCAUUCUUCUCUGUGAUCUACGCUUGGUCUGCAUCCGAUGUGAACGUGGGAAAGACCGGGAACAAGGGAGCCGGAAAGGCCAGGAAAACGUGA